AACAACGCCAACGCCCAUUCUCCGUCGUUUCAGCAUAUCACCCUUGUCGGAAUGAACUCUGUUUCAACCGAGUUUGCCACCCAUCGCCCCAAGCUCCAAAGUGCCCUCGAAGAUGACGAAGAUCCGCUCGCCGCUUUUGAAGAAGUGGUUCAGCUCUCCACCAAGUCAUCCCCAGCUCGCGUCUUCGCUCUUGAACAGACUCUCCGCGCGUUCUGCGAGGAUCCUCGCUACUCGGGAGAUCUGCGCUACCUUCGUCUUUGGAUGGAGUACGCGCGUGAAGUCAAUGCCGAGUCAGAAGCCAUAAUAUACGAGUGGUGCAUUUGGCGCAAGGUCGGCGUAGCAUCGGCACUCCUCUGGGAAGCCUGGGCAGCUAGUCUCGAGGUGAGGGGUCUGCAAGUUGAAGCAGAUAAAGCUUUCCGCACCGGUAUUUCUGCAAAAGCGCGUCCCGUUGAACGCCUCAAGAAACGUUAUGCCGAGUUUCAAGCCCGACAAUCCCCAUCUUCACGCCCAACACCAAAGCCACGACGAUCGUUCGCACCGAGUGGUUCUUCAGAGGUCGAUGCUUUGCGGAAGAACCCAUUCAAACACUUUCCAGCCUCAGCUCUUCCGCCGCCAUCCAAAGGCCAAGCGUCGAAAAUCAGCUCUGCAUCUACCUCGGCUACUGCAUCUGCAUCUUCUACCACACUAUCUUCUACAUCUAGCGCGUCUACUGUAACUCCGUCUUCUGCCGUGAAAUAUGGCCACUCGCGAUAUGCUCCUAUGCUUGCACCCCCAGUCCCGGGCCGACGGCCUGAAAAGCUUCGCUUUGAUCUGUCCCUCUUAUUUACUAGGGAAGGUGUUGAAUACAGUACUGCAGAGGUUCGUGCUCGCUCGAUGGGCCUUCUUGGCAAGAAAUGGGGUCCUCCAAAUCCUUCCGAGCUCCCUGCUUCCCCUGUACCGCCUUCAGGCAGUAACACCGGCGACAAGGGUGCGGGCAAAAUGAAGGUCAACUUCAAUGACGACGGUACACGAUCGACGCAAAACAUGGGUUGGAUGGCUUCUGGCAAGCGCAAGAGCUUUGCUGGCACGAAUGAGCCCACAGUCACGAUUAAUACGAAGGAAGCCCUUGCAGAUGUCUUUGGGAUGUACAACUCCCCAGAGCGAACUGUACGCUCUCGGAUAGGCGUUGGGGGGAAGCAUGCACCAGUCAAGAAGAUCGAACCGAUCAACCCAUUAUUGAAGCCCGUCACACCGUCCCACCCGACCCAAGGUUCUAAUGAAAACUCAACUCCGAAAGUUGCCAAUGAGGGUUUCACGCCGUUCAGGGACGAAAACGCUGGGUCGAAAGAGAAUAGCAAGACUCCGAUUGCGAAGUUCAAGCCGUUCGUCGACGGACAAGGCAACCCUCCCGCCAUCACUCCUGAACCUGGACGCCGAGCGCUGUCCAUCAAGGAUGCGAAGGGGCCUAAAGAGCCUUCACCAGCCUCGGAAACGAAGGGUACAUCGUCGUUGGAAGAGGGAAACGUAUUUGCACGCGUGUUUACGCCGGUGUCAACGAAGGAGCCCCUUACGCGGCCUGAAGCUGCUGCUUCUGAGGUCAGAGAACACCUCGAGAGCGUGUUCGCGCCACCAAGCAAAGAUAAGGUGGAUCCACCGCCAUCUACGACUCCUGCGUCGGGAGCGUUCAAACCAUUUGUCGACUCGGAUUCGAAAACACCGUUCAAGGUCUUUAGUCGUCCUGGCGCUUCAUCGGAGAAUGGCGGUUUGGGUGGAAAUAUAUUCACUCCCAAGCCGAGCGCAUUUAAACCACUUCGAGACAGCAAGCGCGUGCUUACGCAGCAAGAGCCUGUCGGGGAUGCGCCUCGCGCGUUCAAGCCAUUCCAAGAUGGCGGACUGGUCUCGUCUACACCCGCACAAGGGAAGAAUAUCGUCGGUCCUUCAUCCGAUGUCUCUUCUAGUGAUGACCAGGCAGAAUUCGCUGAUGAAGGUGGGUUCGUGUAUACGGAUGCCGAGGGUCAGCCGUCAUCCGUGUCAAGCGAAAGCCAGUUUGAAGAUGAAUACCAAGAAGUUGGCGAGGAAGCCGUGUACGACAUAGGCGAGGAGGACGAGGACGAGGAAGACGAUAGGCACAGGCAACCUCUGGGAGGACGAUUUGGAGCCAUCAAUGUGAUGACCCCCAUCACCGAGCGAACCUUCGAGUAUACGCGGAGUACGGCUGGGUUCCUGACACCGCACGGAACCGAUGCCGUCGAAGCGGCGGAACAGCUUGCUGCCGAGCUGAGAGAAGACAAUGAACAAGAACAGGGACAGAGAUAUGGCUAUAUGGACGAGGAUGGCGAGGAUGAAUUCAAUCCACCGAACGCAUCUGCAGAGUUCUUUGAAGAUCGGACGGGAACCCUCAGUCUUGGUGAUACGCUUGCUCUCGUUUCAUCAUUUAAGCCGCCAAACCCAUGCAAUCCUUUCGAUCCGGCCAUCAUGUCCAAAGUGCUCUCGCUGCUUCCUCUGGAGCAGGAAUUCUACGACCUGCGUGACGAGGAAGCAGGGAUGCUUGGGGACUUGCAGAGGUUUGCGGCAAAGAAAACUAAAAGAGGCGGCAGUAGCGGCCGGGGCUUCGACGAUGACAGCGGCAUUCUCAUGAGCUUGGGCGGGAAAGCGUUCAAGGUGACCGAGAAACUUGGCGAAGGCGGCUUUGGCUCCGUGUUCGCUGCACGAGAUCUUAAGCGCCCUGCAGGCGAGGACGAGGAUGAAGACGACUUCGAUCUCGACGAUGACGAUGAUGAAGACUCAAAGGUCGCUCUCAAAGUGGUCAAGCCGCGGAAUCUCUGGGAGUUCCAUGUACUCCGGAGGAUACACCGUACUGUUCCCGAAGCCAUACGUCGAACGAUCAUUUAUCCUCUUUCGUUGCACGUCUUCAGGGACGAGUCCUACCUUUCGCUGCCGCUAUGCUCGCAGGGAUCCCUCUUGGAUAUUGUUAACAGAGCUAGCUCUGCAGGCAUCUCGCAACAGGGCGCGUGCCUCGACGAGUUGCUCGUGUUCUUCUUCACCAUCGAGCUGCUCCGCUUCCUCGAAGGCAUGCAUAGUUCAGGAUUCAUACACGGCGACCUCAAAAUUGAUAACUGCCUCCUCCGACUCGAAGACAUCCCUUUGGGUGAUGGCCCGCUCGCGCCAAUGUACGGUUCUGGUGGCGAAGGCAACUGGAGAUACAAGGGCCUGGCCGUGAUCGACUUCGGGCGGGCCAUCGACACAGCGCUGUUCCCGCGCAGCCAACGGUUCGUCGGCGACUGGUCCACAGACGCGCGUGACUGCCGCGAGCUGCGUGACGGCCGGCCCUGGACGUACCAGACGGACUACUUUGGCCUCGCAGGUAUUAUCUAUUGUAUGCUUUUCGGCAAGUACAUCGAAGACUCGGCCCUCGCUCCCACGAUGGAUGACGCAGGACGUGAAUGCCUCAAGAUCGCGACGCCGUUCAAGCGCUACUGGCAGUCGGAUUUAUGGACUCGUCUCUUCCAUAUUCUUCUGAAUUCUGCCCAGGUCGGACUUGACGGUCAGCUCCCACUAUGUGAAGAGCUGGCGGAGAUCCGGCAGGAGAUGGAAGCCUGGCUGCAAGCCAACUGUAACCGAAGCAGCAACACGCUGAGAGGUCUUUUGAAAAAGAUCGAGGUUUCGCUAUUUUCAUGAUAAUGUCCCUUUCUUCUCCAUUAUGAUAGCAACACAUUUCAAAGUUCGAUGUUUCUCCGUUGGUUUCCGUUCAUACCAGUUUAUCUCAACACUUGCCGCUCAAUUGAUGAGUAAACGAGGCGUACGUUGCUUUU